AUUGUAUUUCCCUGGCCCUGUCAACAUAAUGUCGUCUCCAUCAAUCUGCCGCAUGGGUGGAGUCUAGCAAUUAAUGUGAUAAUAUUAUUAUGGGGGUCCUUUGUUCUUCUUCUCUGGCCCCAUGCCUUACCGUCCGUCUGUCUUUAUUGUUCAGCUCGUGCGGCGUCCAGUGGUCCCUCCAGGUCCACAUGACGGCCUUCUUUGAUUGUUCGCUUGCCAGUGUUGGGUUCUUUUAUAUCUCAAUCCUCCGAGGUAAUCCUAGUAAACUCGAAACCGAUAAUAAAGUCUCCCUAGGACGGAGUGCUCUGUAUGUACCACUACAUACUCUACUGCCUUACAAAGCCCGUUGUAGAUCCGUAGAGCCUCAGUGCUCACCUCACCCUGGCACAACUGUAGCACUCCUCGAUCCCACUGGCCCAUAGGGUACCUACAUAGUACUGCCACCCUUCAAUCCUCACCGUUUUCGCGUAAUCACUGGGUACUCCGGUCCAUUGGACAUGUUCUUGUUCCUGUCCGACCCCCACAGUUCGAGC